AUGAAGGAUGUUCUUCGAGAACUUAAAAGCCUGUCGCUAAAACUGCAACGCAGAGAAACAUCUUUGGUAGAUGCAAGUUGCUACAUUCAGCAGACCAUCGAUGUGUUGACAGCUAUGAAAAUCAGUGGCGGAAAGUCCACACAAAAAGUGGAAGAAGGCAUUGCUACUGGCAUGUUCAAGGAUGUUGAGCUCUCAGAGAGCAGGCCCAAGAUAAACCGUCUGCAGUUUUACCAGUCUAUAAUAGACAGUUUGAAGAAGCGACUGCCUGAACCGGACCUGGUCCGCAUGCUAAAACCACUGGACAAGCGCUUUUGGCCCGAACAACGGAGCGCCCUGAUCCUCUAUGGGGAGAAUGAAGUACGCGCACUGGCAAAAGUACUGGGGGAACCGGCCCGAGAGGCCAUUGAGGAGUUUCGGGACUACAAAUUAGAGAAUAAAUCUCCAGGGAAAGCCCUGCAAAAACUGCAGACAGCGAGCAAGACCUUUCUGCCUACAUCAGCUGAGUGUGAGAGGGGGUUUUCUGCCGUCAAUUCGACCGACACCGACAAACGCAACAAGUUGCGGGAGAAGAGCCUCUUCUCACUUCUCUUCGUAGACAUCAAUGGCCCCCCCCUGGAGCAAUUCGACCCUCAGCCAUUUGUUUUCUCGAGCCUUCACCCUGAAUGUGAGUUCAUAUUCCAGCUGGAGAGAGAGGAGCGUCUCUGCCAUCAGUUCAUCGCCGAGCAGGGCAACACCAGCUCAGAAGGUUGUGAGCCAUUCUGGGACGCUGUGGCCUGCUGGUCUCACGCAGCCGUGGGGGAAACCGUCGAGAGAGGAUGUCCUGCCGUCUUCUCCCUCUUCAGAAACAACACAGGUUCAGUGAGCCGUAACUGCACCAGCCGAGGAUGGACCAGAGCUUUCCCCCCGUACCACAUCGCCUGCAGUGUGGAUGAUGACAUCCCUGAGACAGAGCAGUCAUACUUUGCCACGGUGAAGAUGAUUUACACCGUGGGCUACAGCAUCUCUCUAGCGGUGCUGGCUGUGGCUGUGUUCAUCCUGUUGCUCUUCAGGAGGCUGCGUUGUGCCAGGAACUUCAUUCACAUCCAGCUCUUCAUCUCAUUUAUCCUGAAAGCUGUGGCUGUGUUCAUAAAGGAUGCAACUCUUUUCUCGAGUGAAGACACGAACCACUGCACCCUUUCCACGUUUGCCUGUAAGGCCUCUGUGGUCUUCUGUCACUAUUGUGUAAUGUCCAAUUUCUUCUGGCUCCUGGUGGAGGCGCUUUACCUCAAUUCCCUGCUGCUUUCGUCCUUUUAUCACAGUCGUCCAUGCCUCUGGGGCUUCAGCCUGCUGGGAUGGGGUGUACCUGUGCUCUUCAUCGUCAUGUGGAUUGGAUCCAGGGUGUAUUUUGAGGACACAGAAUGCUGGGAUAUCAACGAGGACUCGCCCUAUUGGUGGAUCAUCAAGGGACCGAUUGUUGUGUCUAUAGCGGUUAAUUUCCUGCUCCUCAUGAACAUCAUCAGGAUCCUGAUACAGAAACUGAAUCCUCGUCUGAUCCACUUCAACAACUCGUCUCAGUACAGGCGCCUCACUAAGUCGACCCUCCUCCUGAUCCCUUUGUUCGGUACGCACUACAUGGUGUUCAAUUUUCUGCCUGACUACUUCAAUGUCAACCUGCGCCUCUGUAUCGAGCUCUGCAUGGGAUCCUUUCAGGGGCUCCUUGUAGCGAUCCUCUAUUGCUUUCUCAAUCAAGAGGUCCAGAAAGAGGUGCAAAUGCAGUGGCUGAGGUGGCAGGAGCGGAGCUAUGGUGUGGUGUCACCUGCUGCUAAGUGUAGUCAGAUGGACACACCCUUCUGAUGAUGGUCUUCACCCUCCGCCCACAGCUCCUCUGCUCAUUGUGAAGUCACACAGGAUUGCCUCUGUGCGUGUCAUGUUCUGCAAUAGGCUGCACAGUGUGCACAAUAGUGGUUUAAAGCCAUGUCUGUACGUUUAUAAAGCAUUCAAAAGAUGACCUUUUAAAAGACUCUGCUCCAGAAAGAAGGAUGGCAUUUCAUGACAUACACACACAUUUUAGAACAGAUCCAGAUGCCAAUUUAAUUUCCCUUGAGUCACUGUGUCAACAACUUCAGACAGUUCACCUUCCAGAUUUCCUCGGGCCCCUCUCUGGUUUUAUUAAAGAAUAAGGAGUAUGUGAAGCUGAGCGCUUACCCUAAUGAUGAAGGAAUAAUCAAUUAUGUAAACUGUUUCACCGGAUAUGGGUUUUUAGGAACCAAAAAAAACACUAUCUUGUUGAGUGUGGUGGAUGCCGUCUCUAUGUAGAUGCUAAAGUUAGAUACAGUAGAUUCAAUUCCAUGUAUCACUGUUGCUGUAGCGUAACCUGUUGAAAAUGUAAUAUACACAAAUGAUUAAUCACUCAGUUGACUC